CACAAUAAGAUGUUUUAUAUCAGAGGUUUAUGGAAGCAGCACAAGGUGUCCCUCAAUCCUCUCUCCUGUGACUGUUUGGAUACCUUCAGACCUGUUUGUCCAUAAUAAAGAGGACAAGGAUCAGCUGUUCUCUCAGAGUGUAACGUUCAUUCAUUCCCCAGUCCGCUGUGGAUGUGAUCUGAUCGGGAUCUGAACUUGAAGAAUGAGAGAAGUGAUUAACAACCUUGUGUUCCAGUCUCUCUCCUCUCCUCUCCAUGGAGCAGUUUAUCAGUGUCUGGGUUCGGGAUCCUCGGAUUCAGAAGAAUGACUUCUGGCAUGCCCACAUGGACUAUGAAAUCUGUAUACAUACCAACAGUCUCUGCUUCACUAAGAAGAUCUCCUGUGUGAGGAGAAGGUACCGUGAGUUCGUAUGGCUCCGGCAGAAACUACAGACAAACUCCCUGCUCAUGGUCCAGCUACCUGAACUACCACCUAAGAACCCUUUCUUUAGCCUGAACAAUGCCCAGCAGAUCACAGAGAGGAUGAAGGGUCUCCAGAAGUUCCUUCAACUGACCCUGGAGAGUAAUCUGCUUCUGUCAGACAGCUGUCUGCACCUCUUCCUGCAGUCGGAGCUGGGGGUGUCCCAGAUAGAGGCCUGCGCCUCAGGGAGAACCCAUUACUCUGUGUCCCAGGCCGUGCUGCGCUGCGGCUGCAAACUGCAACGCUUCCACUCCCAGGAGGACCUGUUAGAGACCAGCCGCAAGGAGUCCUGUGACUCCGACUCUGUUAGUGGGUUUGUAGAGCCGGAACCCAGCAGCAAAGCUGGAACUGCUUCCUCACCCCCAGAGACCCUAGCUCUGUCUCUACCUGAUAGGACCAGACCUAACCCCAGCCAGGAAGAGACCCUAGCUCUGUCUCUACCUGAUAGGACCAGACCUAACCCCAACCAGGAAGAGACCCUAGCUCUGUCUCUACCUGAUAGGACCAGACCUAACCCCAGCCAGGAAGAGACCCUAGCUCUGUCUCUACCUGAUAGGACCAGACCUAACCCCGACCAGGAAGAGACCCUAGCUCUGUCUCUACCUGAUAGGACCAGACCUAACCCCGACCAGGAAGAAACCCUAGCUCUGUCUCUACCUGAUAGGACCAGACCUAACCCCGACCAGGAAGAAACCCUAGCUCUGUCUCUGCCUGAUAGGACCAGACCUAACCCCGACCAGGAAGAAACCCUAGCUCUGUCUCUACCUGAUAGGACCAGACCUAACCCCGACCAGGAAGAAACCCUAGCUCUGUCUCUACCUGAUAGGACCAGACCUAACCCCAACCAGGAAGAAGACACUCUCAGCAUGUCUGUCUCUCCAUAGGAACAUCACCGCCAACCAGGACACGGUAACUUACAAUAUUCUGCAUCCCAAAUGUCACCCGAUAGGGCUCUGGUCCAAAGUAGUGCACUAUGUAGGGAAUAGGGUGCUAUUUGGGACACUGUGUUUGCUCUCAUUUCAUCUUAAAAUAAGGCUUCCACACAGCUUUUAAAAUAAGGCUUCCACACAGCUUUUAAAAUAAGGCUUCCACACAGCUUUUAAAAUAAGGCUUCCACACAGCUUUUAAAAUAAGGCUUCCACACAGCUUUUAAAAUAAGGCUUCCACACAGCUUUUAAAAUAAGGCUUCCACACAGCUUUUGAAAUAAGGCUUCCACACAGCUUUUAAAAUAAGGCUUCCACACAGCUUUUGAAAUAAGGCUUCCACACAGCUUUUAAAAUAAGGCUUCCACACAGCUUUUAAAAUAAGGCUUCCACACAGCUUUUAAAAUAAGGCUUCCACACAGCUUUUAAAAUAAGGCUUCCACACAGCCUUUGAAAUAAGGCUUCCACACAGCUUUUAAAAUAAGGCUUCCACACAGCCUUUGAAAUAAGGCUUCCACACAGCUUUUAAAAUAAGGCUUCCACACAGCUUUUAAAAUAAGGCUUCCACACAGCCUUUGAAAUAAGGCUUCCACACAGCUUUUAAAAUAAGGCUUCCACACAGCUUUUGAAAUAAGGCUUCCACACAGCUUUUUGUCAUCCAUUUCAACUACUGUCACCAUAACUACCUUGUCUUUCUGCCAUCAAAACUGUUUUUUUACUUCUAUUCUUUUCCAGAGAUGAUGAUGAGGGAAUAUAUGUGUUUAUGUCUGUGUAGUUUUGUGAAUAUUUGUAAAGUCCAGAAAUCUGAAAUCUGUAAAUAUUAGGAUCCCUUCAUACAUACACUGUAAAUAAAGUCAGUUCUAAUGUUUUUUUUAAUACUGUUCCUGAUUGUGGUUAUAAAGGAAGGGAAUGUUAUCGAUUUUAAAACACUUAUCCUGUUCUUGUCAAGAGGAAACUCCAUUUUGGGUUUGAUAAACAGUUGGCCUACAUCUGCCCAGUAGAGGGCAGUAUUGUUGUAUUCAACCAUCCACAUCACUACAUUCAUUGGUCACGUUCUACCACUUUAUAUGUCAACAUAAUAUUGGAAAUGACAUAGAACAAUGAAUCGCCGUGACAACAGGCAAAACAAUGAUUAAUAUCUUAGUACUUAAGACUUACUGGCCUUAACCACCAGUAGUAGGAACCAUUUUAGGGCAUUGUAUAGGACACUGUGAGGCUUCUAUAAUAGGGUCUCUGAGGAGACAGCUUCUACCUAUAGGACAGCUCUACUGUCAGGAGGGGACUGGGGUUUCUCCCACAGGAUCCCCCAUGGACCCACUCCUGUCUGACAGGGGUCAGAGGUUAGGGAGGUAGCCCGUCCCUGGGACCCACUCCUGUCUGACAGGGGUCAGAGGUUAGGGAGGUAGCCCGUCCCUGGGACCCACUCCUGUCUGACAGGGGUCAGAGGUUAGGGAGGUAGCCCGUCCCUGGGACCCACUCCUGUCUGACAGGGGUCCAUCCAUGUCUGAGGACGUCGGGAGAUGACGUGGAAACCGGCCACUAGGGACAACAGUGAGCGCUGUUACCUUCAAGUAGGCUUGGGCUUUGCUAGAGCGUUGUGGACGGGGAUGGUGGAUGGGUGUAAGCAUCUGCCUUUCAUUCCAAGAGGUUCAAAUCCACCAAUAGAAAGUUGUUUUAAGCCUAUCCCAAACCUUAACCAUUCAGUGUUAAUGUCUUACCUUAACCAUUCAGAGUUAAUGCCUAAACUUAAGAAUUCUGAGUUAAUGUCUAACCUUAAAAAUUCAGAGUUAAUGUCUAAACUUAAGAAUUCAGAGUUAAUGUCUAACCUUAAGAAUUCAGAGUUAAUGCCUAAACUUAAGAAUUCAGAGUUAAUGUCUAACCUUAAAAAUUCAUAGUUAAUGUCUAAACUUAAGAAUUCAGAGUUAAUGUCUAACCUUAAGAAUUCAGAGUUAAUGUCUAACCUUAAGAAUUCAGAGUUAAUGCCUAAACUUAAGAAUUCAGAGUUAAUGCCUAAACUUAAGAAUUCAGAGUUAAUGCCUAAACUUAAGAAUUCAGAGUUAAUGUCUAACCUUAACAAUUCAGAGUUAAUAUAUAACCUUACAAAUUAAGAGUUAAUGCCUAAACUUAAAAAUUCAGAGUUAAUGUCUAACCUUAGGAAUUCAGAGUUAUUGUCUAAACUUAAGAAUUCAGAGUUAAUGUCUAACCUUAACCUUAAACACUUUGAAUUUGACA